AUUGCAUUUAAAUAUAUCCGCAACGGCGUCAAAAUGCAUUUUCUUGAUGCAAAUUUUUCGUCUAGCAACGAUUAGAAUUGGAAUUGGCAAUGGUACGAAUUCGUGGAGAACGGUGUGCCAUUUCUUCUGACGGCCAUUUAUUAGAUGGCGAAGGUGUAGUUAUCAGCAAUCCGAAACUUUUGGAAUUCGCGCGCAAGCGUAAAGUGGACUUUCGGAAGGAAAGUCUAGUUUGUGCCAAAUGUGCUAUAAGUCUUGAAAACAUUUAUGAAUACAAAAUAAGAUGCGCUAUUGAAAAGAAAAAUCAACUCAAAUCACUUGCAAUAUCAUCUUCCUCAUCGCUGGACGAUUUCGAUCGCUUGGUUUACCGUACACCGCGCACCAAACAUUUGCGUGACAUUGUGAAAGAGAAUGCACCCUUUCAACUGCGGGGACCAUCCCAGGAUAUCAUCAAUGUUGGGGAAGAGAAAGAGAAUCGAGACAAUAACAUUAGAGGAGAAGACUUAGCAGCUUCAGCAUCACUGAUUGUUAGUGAUGAUAGCAGUGUAGUUUUGGAACCAACGAAUGCACCGAUAUCGCUAGCUACUUAUGAAGUCCUCCCAAUGAGUAGAGAUAGUUCGCAAAAUUCUUCACUAGAUGUAAGACCAUCGACAAGCGAAACGGCAGCUGCCGCGCGCGCAGCCAAACAAAACGAUAAGCACACAGAAACAAUUGCAUGGCGGAAACCGGUGGAGCCAGUGAAGCGUAAAAGAGUACACUUUGAAAAUUACCAGUCGGCAGCACUUCAGUCGGGGCAUAUAACGGCAGCAAGCACCGACGAAGACGAUGAAGAUGACAAUGAUGAUUUCACGCCAAGCUUGAAUGCUCUUAAUGGUACACGUUUACCACAUGUGCAGCCAAUACCGAAACGAAGGCAGUUCCAACACGUCAUACCAACGGUGCAGGAUAUCUAUAUGCAAGGCAUCACUGGAGGUUAGAAAUAAGAGUAGGUACAAGUAGAAUAAUUACUUAAAUGUUUGUUUUUAUUUGCAAAAAUGUUUCAAUAAUAGGCAAAUUUAAAAUUAUUGGAUAUCGUGUUCUUUAAGUUUAGUUGUUUAUUUCCGAUUAAGUACUAACAGUUUCAUGGUAUACAAAUUUAAUUGUCGCUAUAUUCAAUG